AUGCGAGGCUCCGGCAGCGAACGAGGUCCCGGCGGCGCGUUGGUUGGAAAUUCCGGCCCCGUCGGCGGAGGAGGCAAUGCUGGCAGCAUGACGGAAACACGACGUUCGGUCCCCUUCGCGAUCCCCGCGGCGCUCGCCAGCUUGACCGGCCACAAGCGAAACUCUGGACGUAGCGGUGCCUCGUCGGACGGUGGCGAAAGGGGGUUUUCCAAGGUGUCCGGGAGGAAGUUGCCUCCGGUGAUACAAUUUGGAGGCGACGGUUACUCGGACCCUCGAGAUACCAUGCUGAGCGAGCAGUCGAUAGACUACCGGGAUUCCCAGGCUUUCCCCGGAUUGACUAACGCGGGACCGACCAGGCUAGCCGUUGGUACUCCGAUGCGGCCGGAGAGCGGUAUCCCUGUUUACAACCCGGGGCCGGCCCGGACGCCAGUUACGGAGCAAGCUCCCUUUACCCCGGACACGUCGCCCCUCGAGCCUCCCCCUAGAGAUCCACUUGGACCAUCUCGACCUUCGCAGGACGGUUCAAGUCGGUCCCACGCUUCGGUUUCCCGGUUCACCGAGGUGUUAUGA